AUGCAGCGUAUCAGGGAAGGCAUUCACAUACGCACCAUGAAGGCAAAAAGGAAAGUGGAGGAGAUCUCCAAAGAGGACGUCCAGGCUUUCCUCAAGAAGAACGCCUUUGUGCUCUUUACAGUUGGGGCAGUUAUUGUAGGCAUUGUCCUGGGAUUCGCGCUCCGCCCCUAUAAGAUGACCUAUCGAGAAGUGAAGUACUUUUCCUUCCCUGGAGAGCUGUUGAUGAGAAUGCUUCAGAUGCUUGUUCUGCCCUUACUGAUCUCCAGUCUAAUAACAGGAAUGGCAGCUUUGGACAGCAAAGCCUCAGGAAAGAUGGGCAUGAGAGCUGUGAUUUACUACAUGACCACGACCUUCAUCGCAGUCUUCAUUGGUAUCAUAAUCGUCCUCAUCAUCCAUCCAGGAAAAGGAUCAAAAGAUGAGUUUGGAAAGCAGCAGACGAUAGAGCAAGUCAGUCCUGCUGAUGCCUUCUUAGAUCUGAUCAGAAAUAUGUUUCCACCAAACUUGGUCCAAGCCUGCACGCAGCAGUUCAAAACCAAAUAUGGAAAGAGAACUGUCCAUGUGACAGUGACAGUGAAUGACACCCUCUUCAACUCAACCAAUGGCACCCAGGAGAUUAUGGAGAUCACCCGCGAGGAAGUGAUCCCAGUGCCGGGUCAGGUGAACGGGGUGAAUGCCCUUGGGCUGGUGGUCUUCUCCAUGUGCUUUGGUCUGAUAAUUGGCAAUAUGAAGGAGCAGGGCCAGCUCCUGAGGGAUUUCUUUGACAGCCUCAAUGAAGCAAUCAUGCGCCUGGUUGCCAUCAUCAUGUGGUAUGCUCCUAUUGGUAUCCUGUUCCUCAUAGCAGGAAAGAUAGUGGAGAUGGAUGAUCUGACGCAGAUGGGUGGCCAACUGGGCAUGUAUACCAUCACAGUCAUCAUUGGCUUACUGAUCCAUGCUGUUCUCAUUCUUCCCACUCUUUAUUUUGUCAUCACUCGGCAGAACCCCUUUAUCUUCAUUGCUGGGCUCCUGCAAGCUCUGGUAACUGCUCUGGGGACCUCUUCCAGCUCAGCCACCCUCCCUGUCACCUUUAAAUGCCUGGAGGAAAACAACAGAAUUGAUAAACGAAUCACACGUUUUGUGCUGCCUGUGGGUGCCACCAUCAACAUGGAUGGGACAGCUCUGUACGAAGCGCUGGCAGCCAUCUUCAUUGCUCAGGUCAACAAUAUGGAGAUGAACUUCGGUCAGAUUAUCACCAUAAGUAUUACAGCAACUGCAGCCAGCAUUGGAGCUGCUGGCAUCCCUCAGGCAGGCCUGGUCACCAUGGUGAUUGUACUAACCUCUGUUGGACUUCCUACUGAUGACAUCACUCUCAUCAUUGCAGUUGAUUGGUUUCUGGACCGUCUCCGCACCACCACCAACGUUCUGGGGGAUUCGAUCGGAGCCGGCAUCGUUGAGUUCUUGUCUCGACACGAGCUCCGCAGCAAAGACGUGGAGAUGGGAAACUCUGUGCUGGAGGAGAAGGAGAGGAAGAAACCUUACAAGCUCAUCUCCCAGGAUAGUGAUUUUGAAAAUGAUAAACGUGCUCACAGUGAAUCUAACAUGUAG